CACACACACAGUGAAAACACCUUCACAUGCAGAUGAAGUCGACAGCAGGCGAUUAAUUGAAGCGGAGCUGUGUGUGUAUGUGCGCGUGUGUAUAUGUGUGUGCGUGUGUGCCUCCUUCACGGCCGGAGGAUUUCUUCUUCUUCUUCUUCUUCAGGCUGGGACAGGUGAUCUCUAGCACGGAGACAUUUCCAGCCCGCCUCAGCGUCCGUCUGCGGAAAUUCUGUCAGAUGUUCAACUCCACGCGUUCUCACCUCGCCGUCUGAAGACAAACGUACUCCGCCGAGAUGGAAAAUGCGCACACGAAAUCGGCGAGUGAAGUUUUAGACUUCUUCGGCGUGAACGAGAACACCGGACUGACUCAAGAACAAGUCAAAGUGCAUUUGGACAAAUACGGACCGAACGAGCUCCCAGCUGAAGAAGGGAAGUCCCUGUGGGAGCUGGUGGUGGAGCAGUUUGAAAACCUUCUGGUCAGGAUCCUGCUUCUCGCCGCCUGCGUCUCCUUUGUGUUGGCUCUGUUUGAGGAGGGGGAGGAGACCGCCACCGCCUUUGUGGAGCCUGUCGUCAUCCUCCUUAUCCUCAUCGCUAACGCCGUCAUUGGUGUCUGGCAGGAACGGAAUGCCGAGAACGCCAUCGAGGCUCUGAAAGAAUACGAACCCGAAAUGGGCAAAGUGUACCGCAUGAACCGGAAGGCCGUGCAGAGAAUCAAAGCCAGGGAAAUCGUUCCGGGAGACGUCGUGGAGGUGGCGGUUGGUGACAAGGUUCCUGCAGACAUCAGGGUGACCUCCAUCAAGUCCACCACCUUGCGAGUGGACCAGUCCAUCCUCACAGGGGAGUCCGUGUCUAUCAUCAAACACACGGACCCAGUUCCUGACCCCAGAGCCGUCAAUCAAGACAAGAAGAACAUGCUGUUUUCUGGCACCAACAUUGCUGCUGGCCGUGCUACAGGUGUCGUCGUGGCGACCGGUGUCUCCACCGAAAUUGGAAAAAUCCGCAAUCAGAUGGCGGCCACGGAGCAAGAGAAGACGCCACUGCAGCAGAAGCUGGAUGAGUUCGGCCAGCAGCUCUCCAAGGUCAUCUCGCUCGUAUGUGUGGCGGUGUGGAUGAUCAAUAUCGGUCACUUCGGGGACCCCGUCCACGGGGGCUCCUGGGUGCGUGGGGCCAUCUAUUACUUUAAGAUAGCGGUGGCGUUGGCUGUGGCCGCCAUCCCUGAGGGUCUCCCUGCUGUCAUCACCACCUGCCUCGCCCUCGGUACCCGGCGUAUGGCCAAGAAGAACGCCAUCGUACGCAGUCUGCCCUCGGUGGAGACCCUCGGCUGCACAUCGGUUAUUUGCUCUGACAAGACGGGGACCCUCACCACCAAUCAAAUGUCCGUUUGUAGAAUGUUCAUUGCCGACAAGGUGCAGGAUUCAAGUUGCGCCCUGCAUGAGUUCUCCAUAACAGGAUCCACAUACGCUCCCGAAGGCCAAAUACUGAAAGGAGACAGGUCCGUCCAGUGUGGAGACUAUGAUGGACUUUUGGAGUUGGCCACUGUGUGUUCCAUGUGCAAUGACUCCUCACUGGAUUACAAUGAGGGCAAAGGGGUGUACGAGAAAGUGGGUGAAGCCACAGAGACGGCCCUGACGACCUUAGUGGAGAAGAUGAACGUUUUCAAAACGGACCUAUCCGGACUCAGCAAGGUGGAGCGUGCUGGGGCCUGUAAUUCGGUGAUCAAGCAGCUGAUGAAAAAAGACUUCACUUUGGAGUUCUCUCGUGACCGCAAGUCCAUGUCGGUCUACUGCACGCCAGUCAAGCCAGGCUCACAGAGCAAGAUGUUUGUUAAGGGUGCGCCGGAGAGCGUGAUCGAGCGCUGUCAGUACCUACGAGUGGGAACUGGGAAGGUGACUCUGACGCCGGCCUUACGUGACCAGCUCAUGUCCAAGGUCCGUGACUGGGGCACGGGGAGGGACACCCUGCGAUGCCUGGCCUUGGCCACCCGUGACAACCCACCACGCAAAGAGCAAAUGGACUUGGAGAAUUCCAGCAAGUUUGUAGAUUAUGAGUUGGGCCUCACAUUCAUUGGCUGCGUGGGCAUGCUGGACCCGCCCAGGAAGGAGGUGAUAGGCUCGGUGAAACUGUGCAACGAGGCAGGAAUCCGUGUCAUCAUGAUCACCGGGGACAACAAAGGCACGGCCGUGGCCAUCUGCAGACGGAUCGGCAUCUUCGGGGAGGAGGAGGACGUGAAGGGGAAGGCCUACACCGGCCGUGAGUUCGAUGACCUCUCCCCGGAAGCCCAGAAAGAAGCCGUGAAACACGCUCGAUGUUUCGCGCGUGUGGAGCCGGCUCACAAGUCAAAGAUUGUGGGAUACCUGCAGUCCUUCGAUGAGAUCACUGCCAUGACCGGAGAUGGCGUGAAUGACGCCCCCGCCUUGAAGAAAGCAGAGAUUGGCAUCGCCAUGGGUUCCGGCACGGCGGUGGCCAAAUCGGCAUCAGAGAUGGUUCUUUCUGACGACAACUUCUCCACCAUCGUGUCCGCCGUGGAGGAGGGCAGGGCCAUCUACAACAACAUGAAGCAGUUCAUCAGAUACCUCAUCUCCUCCAACGUGGGGGAAGUCGUAUGCAUCUUCCUGACGGCAAUUCUGGGGCUCCCCGAGGCUCUGAUACCUGUCCAGUUGUUGUGGGUCAACCUGGUGACCGAUGGCUUGCCCGCCACCGCCCUGGGCUUUAACCCCCCAGACCUGGACAUCAUGGAUAAACCUCCACGGAAUCCCAAAGAACCUCUCAUCUCGGGAUGGCUUUUCUUCCGCUACCUGGCCAUUGGAGGAUACGUGGGUCUUGGAACAGUGAGCGCCGCCACGUGGUGGUACCUGUUUGAUGACCAGGGGCCGCAGGUGUCCUUCUACCAGCUGAGACACUUCAUGCAGUGCACCGAGGACAACCCGGUGUUCCAGGGCAUCGAUUGUGAAGUGUUUGAGUCCCGCUAUCCCACCACCAUGGCCCUGUCUGUGCUGGUCACCAUCGAAAUGUUCAACGCCCUCAACAGUUUGUCUGAGAACCAGUCCCUGCUGAGAAUGCCUCCCUGGGUCAAUAUUUGGCUACUGGGCGCCAUUGUCCUUUCGCUGUCCCUCCACUUCUUAAUCCUCUAUGUUGACCCUCUGCCACUGAUCUUCCAGGUGACCCCCCUUUGCUGGUCUCAGUGGAUCGUGGUCCUGAAAAUUUCUAUCCCGGUCAUCCUCCUUGACGAGGCACUGAAGUAUAUUUCCAGGAACCAUCUGGAUGCCUAAAUUCUUAUCUCCCCUUCUAUGGAAAGGUGACGAGAAUAAGUACCGGAGGAGAUGGCAGCAGAACUAAGCCGUACCCCUCAAACACACUCCCAUUGUCAGACCCAGGCCCCCGUCCCUCUUACAACACAUCCACCCCCCCCCCCCCCACCCUUUCGUCUCCACGCUCCCGACUCCUCCCUGCUGUCGGAUACACCGCAACUCAAUUCCGAAGUCAAGAGGCAUGAAUGAGCAGGGAUGUGUGCUCCUGCAAGCUUCGUUGUGGGUGUGUGUGUGUGUGGGGGGGGUAUUUACAGUACGGUGCAUGGGGGGGGGCAGAGGAACGGACAUUAAUAAUGCAGGGUGGGUGGGGUGUGAGAAGCGUCUCUUGUGGAGAGCUACCAAACCUGUGUGUGUUCAUGUGUGUGUGUGUGUGUGUGUGUCCACAUGGUGGUACUGCCCGAGCUUCUGCAAAAAUCCUUUUUUCCGAGGAGCGUGACGUGACGAUCAGCGAGCGUCCUCGUCUUGCUUCCGUCUUUGUCCUUCUGCUCUCGUGCUGCGGUGGUCCUCUAAAGGUGUGAAUAGCUUUACCGUACGCGUCCUUCAGCGCUUUAUCACAAAUACCGCCACAAAAAAUACAAAAUCUGGACAUCUUUUAAGUUAUCGCUCAUGUUGCACCAGCGUAUGCGUCGUACUGUAUAUAUAUACUGUAUGUAGUACUCUAUAUUCAUGUAACCUCAUAGACAUUUCAGGCUUUAAGUCUCACAGAUUGUAUCAUACACGUUUACACCGACUCCUGAUGGCUAAAGAAAAAUGGCUGUUUUGUUGUUUUGCCCAAUCUAAGUACGGAUUUCGACAUUUUAAGGCUACGGUCUUAAACGUUUGAUCGCUUUGUUUGCAAUCCAACAGCGCAAAAUCGGGAUCCUUGUUGUAGUUCCAUCCCAUCUUCAUGAAUGAGUACUGUUCCAAGUCGGAACUUAACACCUUAGUCCGUCACACUGACACACGAAGGACAUUAAAACAAUAAAAAUAGAUUCAUAAAAAUUGGCCUGCACGGUGUGCAGAGUGGUUAGUCACAGGCCACACAGCUAGGAGACCCGAGUUCAAUCCCGUGCAUGCGUGGGUUUUCUCCGGCUAGGUUAAUUCCUAGCAUGUUUCCAAAUUGUCCAUAGGUAUGAAUGUGAGUGUGAAUGGUUGUUUGUCUAUAUGUGCCCUGUGAUUGGCUGGCCACCAGUCCAGGGUGUACCCCGCCUCUUGCCCAAAAGACAGCUGGGAUAGGCUCCAGCACCCCUGCAAGCGUAAUCGUAAUACCACACUUGAUCAAACGUACUUAAGAUUUGUCAGAUCAAAACAUAGGACGUCUAUUAAAACGUGUGAUACUAAUACAAGGGUCUGUCUUCCCGAAAGCAUCAUGGGAACUGUAGUUGUUUCAGUCCAGGGUGUACCCGCCUCUCGCCCAAAAGACAGCUGGGAUAGGCUCCAGCACGCCCCACGAUGAAAAUGAAUGAAUAAUAAAAUAUUGCGGGCGGCACGGCGGUCUAGUGGUUAGCGCACAGACCUCACAGCUAGGAGACCAGGGUUCAAUUCCACCCUCGGCCAUCUCUGUGUGGAGUUUGCAUGUUCUCCCCGUGCAUGCGUGGGUUUUCUCCGGGUACUCCGGUUUCCUCCCAGGUUAAUUAGCCACUCCAAAUUGUCCAUAGGUAUGAAUGUGAGUGUGAAUGGUUGUUUGUCUAUAUGUGCCCUGUGAUUGGCUGGACACCAGUCCGGGGUGUACCCCGCCUCUCGCCCAAAAGACAGCUGGGAUAGGCUCCAGCACCCCCGCGAAUGAAUGAAUAAAAUAUUGCCCCAAAUUAGUCUAGAAGGGUAAGGUCCUUUUCUAGGUCUCCUUGUAACAGCGCACAGACUCCAUGACCCCUUUAGCGUUGAUUAGCAUCCAAUAAUCCUCAUUAUUGAUGGUCGCAGCUAAUAUUGAUGGGCGUGUUUGCCCUCUCUGGGUUUUUUAUGUCGUUUAUUUUCAUUUCCAUGGUGAUGGCUUUCCUUUUCUUUGGCGCACUGCCACUUGGGUGAUACCAAAAUGAUACCAGGAUGUAAUGUACCAGGAAUGGAACGUUGGCAAUUGGAAUCAUUUACCAUUGGAUCACGAGCAUGCCUUAUGAACCACACAUUGACAUUCAAAUCAAUGUUUCAUUUUUAAUCCAUCAGUCCUAUUCGGCCCCCAAAAAGUGAGCUUUCGGACAUGUUUGUGUCGUUUGUCGUGUUCUUCGCUCGUCCUGCUUUCUAAGUGCUUUUGGAACUCACUUGGAUGGAACGUUUGAAAGCCAAUGAAUGUACUCGACUGAAUGAACAUGCAAGGUGUCCAUGCUUUUCCAUGGUUUAGAUCAGGGGUGGGCAAACUACGGCCCGGGGGCCACAUCCGGCCCGCCAAGUGUUUCAAUAUGGCCCGCCUGUUUUUUCCAAAGUAUUUCAUUUAAACUCAACACAUAACCUGGCAUCGUGGCUUGGGCCAACUUUUUGAUGGUUGAGGUAGCUGCUUUAUCAAUUUUGUUAUUUGAUGUGGUCUGUUGUUUACAAAAUACUCCUGGAAAAAGGAGCACAAGCACAAUAAUAGUAAUAAUAAUAAUAAUAAUAAUGUCAAUAAUGAUAAUAAUACUACUAUUAUAUUAAUAUUGUUGUUAAUAAUAUUAAUAUAAUAAUGGUAGUAUUAUUAUUAUUAACAAAAUAAUAAUAAUAAUAUAAUAACAUUACUAUAACUAAUAAUAAUUCUAAUAAAAAUAACAAUAAUAAUAAUAAUACAUUCAUAACACACUUUACAUCAAAUAAAUGAUUUCAAAGUGCACAUAUAGCAGAUUGCAUGACACUUUUACAUGUAAAAUAUGUGUAAAAAUAUAGGUGUAAAAAUGGACUGUUACGUGUAAAAUACUACAUAAUCCCCCCCCCCCCCCCCCCCCGUCAAUUUUGUUAAAUUAAUACGGCCCGCGAGUCAAAAAGUUUGCCCACCCCUGGUUUAGCUCUUUUAACUCUCCGUGGUUUGUUCGAUGCCGGUGCCUCUGUGCUGCGUGACCUGGGUCUUUUUUUUUCUGCCCCCUUUGUGCACGUUUUUUCUUUCCGUUUUGUUUCUUUCGGCUUUUCCCCUGAUUUAAUAACGCCAAUUCAUUUAGCUACAUCAACAUGCUGGCACCCCAGGCACCACAGGGGGUCUGUCUGUACAGGCUUAUUUACUACUGAACCCUCCAUUCUGUACAAAAGAUGAAUAUACCUUUGCAUGGAAUCAUGUUACUGUAACGAUAACUUAUACAGUUAAAAAAAACGUUUUCCUUUCAGCGCUUCUUUACCGUUUUUGUAGAUUAGAUUUCUUUGGUUUUUACCGUUUCUGGGUUUUUGUGCGUGACUGUAGGGCACCAGGAUGACAUAGGGUUCAUUAACGACGCUGGCUAACUGAUGGCUUCGGUUUUCCGGAAUGGGAAUGAUGAAGAAUGUGUGAUUGAACUGUGUCUGGUUUACACUGAGCGGCGAUGGAUCCUGGGGGGGAUUAAUAAGUUUUACGACGACAGUUGAAGGCUUUGCUCCGGGUUCAGGCUCUAGAGACUUUUGGGCCCCUUUGGUUUUUUUUUUUUUUAAAGAGGACCGUCAUCAAGGUCACUUUGAAUAUUUCCCCUCACUAAAUGAAGCGGGUCGGUGGCACCAGUACUGUCUCUAGAGUCUGAGUCCAACCUGUGAAAACACGAAAGGAUUACCUUGUGGACAAUGUGGGCACCAUUUUAUAAAUGACAAAGACAUGGAAAUAAAGAUUAUUUAUCUUGUUAUUUA